AAACAAAAACAGUCACUUGCUCUGUCUGAUGCCGCACCCUUGUGAUUAUGUGAACUUACUUUAAAUAAUAUUUUUUGUAUUUCGUACGUUCUUACUCCUUUGAAAACGAAUAAUUGAGUUUUAGUUUUGAUUUUGCAUGGCGAGAAGUGUGGUAUAGCAAAUAUCUAAAAAUAAAGGCAAAAUGGGAUGUACACAAAGUGAAAUUUCGCCUCAAAAUGAAACGCCGAGAAAAGGUUGCACCGAUGUAUUAUGGCUUGUUAUUUACAUUGUUUUUUGGAUACUUAUGCUAAUAAUUGCAUGUAUAUCAUUCGUGUAUGGGAAUCCACAACGUCUCAUAAAUGGAUAUGAUUCCUUCGGCAAUACGUGUGGUGUUAAGAGCAAUAAAAAAUUAUUAAACUAUACCCUGUCUGGUAUCAACACUGUGGAUAAGCCCUAUUUAUUUUUUAUGGACAUAAAGGAAUUAAGACGUUCACUAAAGAUAUGUGUAAAACAAUGUCCAAAAAAUAAAUUGGAAUCAUUGGCGGAUAUUCAAAACUUUUAUAGAGAAACGGGAUCAAAUGUUUGCAGAUAUGACAUAGAUUUGAAUAAUGUGAUAAGUUCGAGUGCUCUACACAAUUUUAUUGGACCAUGUCCAACCUUGCCUGUGUACGAGUCAUUUCCACUACUAAACAGAUGUUUCCCCAAAUCAGCUAAGGAGAUAGCGCAAAAAGUUUUCACAGAUUUCUAUGAUCUAUUAAAUAGCUGGGAUACUAUAGAGCAAAUGCUAUCAGAUCUUUAUACUUCAUGGAAAGAAAUGAUAAUUUGUGUUAUAAUUGCAUUUAUUUGUUCAUUAAUAAUGGUAUCAAUCCUGCAUUUACUUGCAACACUUGUUUCUUGGAUAUUCAUGAUACUGGUAUCCAUUGUGAGCAUUGCAGGGACAGGACUUCUCUGGUACACAUAUCAUGAGCUGCACACAAAACAGAGAGACUUUUCACAAGCAAUGUUCUUAGCCGAAUCAUUUAAAAAUGAAAAGGCAUUCUUAUGGUACUCAAUAAUUGCAACUAUUAUAACAGUAAUCUUACUGUUACUGGUGUGGGUCAUGCGUUCGCGUGUUUCAUUCCUGGCUACACUUUUCAAAGAAACAGCGCAUUGCCUCGGUUCAAUACCAGCUCUAUUUCUGCAGCCCAUUGUAACAUUCUUUUUCCUCAUAAUAUUUUUCGCAUUUUGGUCAAUUGUUGUGGUGUGUCUAGCCACAGCAAACUACCCAGGUAUACCAUUUAAGACAAAUUUCUUCAUUAAUGGCACUGCAUUACCAGAUCGUAAUGACAAUGCUGCUAUGCAAGCACAAACAAGCUUGAAAUACCAAAUAGAGUUUGAUCCUCUAUGGGUUAAAAGCAUGUGGUGGAUGAGCCUUGUGUGCCUUGUUUGGGGCAGCGAGUUCAUCCUCGGCUGCCAACAGAUGACCAUUGCGGGCGCUGUCUCACAUUGGUAUUUUAGGGGUCCUAAUGCUCAUCCUUCACCAGUGUUGUAUUCAAUUGGAAAACUUUUGAAGUACCAUUUGGGUUCAGUGGCCAAAGGAUCCUUUCUUAUCACACUGUUCAAGAUCCCCAGGCUCAUUCUCACAUAUUUACAUGCAAAGCUAUCGUCUAGAGCAGAAAAGGGUUCUGAGUGUGCGAAAUGUGGUCUCAAAUGCGGCAUCUGUUGUUUCUAUUGCCUGGAGAAGUUCAUUCGCUAUCUCAAUCACAACGCGUACACGAUCAUUACUAUUGAGAGAUGUCAUUUUUGUAAAGCUGCUGCGAGGGCGUUCAGUACGAUAGUGAACAACGCGCUGCAAGUGGCGACAAUAAACAGCGUGGGAGACUUUAUCCUGUUCCUGGGCAAGUGCAUAGUGACAGCGGUGACGGGUAUUAUCGGCCUGCUGCUGCUCAAGAGGAACAAGGACUUGCAUUUCUUUGCAGUGCCAACACUCUUCAUCUGUAUAUACUCCUUUCUGAUCGCCCAUUGCAUACUGUCUCUUUACGAGAUGGUAGUGGACUCGCUGUUCCUGUGCGUGUGCGAAGACCGCAACAUGAACAACGCGGAGGGCCGCUGGAAGUCUUCUCGUCUGGCCGAGCUCGGAGGACACCGGAUUGACAAGGGAGUGGAGCAGGAAGGCGCCGAGCUACAGGGCCUUCAUGAAAAGUAUUAAUAUCGUAAAUAACUCAUUGAUGAUCAAAUGUGUAUGAACAGGAAUCGUGAAAUCAUAAAAAUUGGAUUUGGCACUCAAGUAAUAUUUUAAAGUAUUUUAUAAGACUACAAUUACGUAGGUGACGAUUAUA